CCGAUUCGAAGUGAUGUGUCUAUGAAGUAGAUUAAAGCAAAGUGAUCGUUCCACAGCUUAUCGGAAAGAACGAAGUUCGUACGGGCAUCAUGAAGAGUAUUGCAACGAUUUUUGUGCUUUUGUGUGGGGCAGUGUGGGUCUGCGAAGGGCGACUUGUCUGCCACUACACCACUUGGUCCCGGUUCCGACCGGAUGAGGCCGCCUUCCAGAUCGAUGACAUUCCGGGCAAGCUGUGCUCGCACGUCGUGUACAACUUCCUCGGCGUUAACGAGACCUCGCAUCAGCUGGAGCUGCUGCAGCCAGACUACGACAUCGGUGAGCGAGCGCUCGAGCGGUUUGCGGCGCUGAAGGAAAAGUACCCGCAGCUGAAGCUACUGGUGGCCGUGGGCGGCUGGGGCCAUGGCGGGGCCAAGUUCAGCGAGAUGGCCAAGUUCCGCGAGCGGCGCAACCAGUUCAUCGGCAGUGUCGUGAAGUUCCUGCAUCACUACCGCUUCGACGGCAUCGAGCUGGUGUGGCUGUAUCCGGGUAAUUUUGACCGGGGCGGCGCCGUUGAGGACAAGGACACGUUCCUCUACCUGGUGACCGAGAUGGCGAAGAUCUUCCGGGAGGAGAAGAAGCAGUGGGAAGUGAUCGUGCAGGUGCCGCUCGAUGUGUCGCGGAUGGCGGCCGGCUACCAUCAGGAGGCCCUGUGCCAGGAGGCCGACCAUGUGCAUAUGAUCGGGUACGAUAUGCGUGGCUGGUGGAACAACUUCGCCGAUGUGCAUAGCCCCAUGGUGGCGCGCCCGCACGAUCAGGAGGUGCAGAGCUUCGAAAAGGUGAACGUUGGGGACGGUGUGGACGAUUGGCUGGCGCAAGGGUGCGCCCCGGAGAAGCUGGUGCUCGGGGUGGCACUGUUCGGCCGCACCUAUCUGCUGGACGAUCCGCUCGACAACACGAUCGGGGCGGUGACGAUAGGGGCGGGCGAUCCCGGUCCGUACACCAACGAACCGGGCUAUCUGGGGUACUGCGAGUUCUGCCAGAAUCUGACUAGCAGCGAGUGGACGCAGAAGUGGGACGAUGUCGGCAUGUGCCCGUACGCGUACACCGAGACCACCUGGAUCGGGUACGAGAAUCAGCGUUCGCUUGAGGCGAAGAUCGACUACGUCAAGCGGAAAAACCUCGGUGGUCUGUACGCGUUCUCGCUCGAUCUCGACGACUAUCGGGGAGAGUGUGGCGAUCCGUUUCCACUUACCCGCUUCCUGUCGCGAUACCACGACGAGACGAAGGUGAAGGAAUGGCACAUUUUCUCCUCAACCACCGAGAAAAAUCAGUCCAACGCAAGAUAACCUUAGUCAGUAGCUAUAGUAAAUCAAGCU